AUGCUUAUACGUGCUGUCACAGAUCUGCUGGACAAGACGAGCAAACCUGCAUCAGAGAGUGGUGGGUACCGCCGCCUACGCAUAUUCUCAGGUACUGUGCCUACUCCGGCUGGAGAGGAGCAGUUUGACCACUGGUUGGAACAAGCUUACCUGAUGGUUGAAGAAAGUGAUGGUUCUGACAAAGAUAAAAGGAGAAGGAUCAUGGAAAGUUUAAAAGGCCCUGCUCUUGAACUAAUCAAAGCGAUACGCCUUUCUGAAGCUGAUGUCUCUGCAGACAAGUGUUUGGAAGCCCUUGAGAGUGCUUUUGGCCUAGCUGAGUCUGGGGAUGACCUGUAUUUCUCCUUCAGACUAUUACAACAGCAACCGGGUGAAAAGCUGUCAGACUUCCUGAGAAGGUUAGAACGCGCCCUGGCCAAAGUUGUGCAGCGAGGUGGACUACUGGCUAAAGACAUGGACAGAGCGAGAGUCGACCAGUUACUGAAAGGUGCGGUGAAUGCUGACUGUAAUGCUGUUACAGCUCAGAUUAAGAGAAAGAAAAGCCAAUCCUCCAACGUUCCUUGA